CGGAAGCCGGAAGUGCGGCUGGCGCAGCAGGCCAGCAUGGAAGAAUUCCAAGAUGCGAGCUCACCUGAGGAGCUGCUGAAUCACCUGAAGCUGUCGGAGCAGCAGCCCCCGGAGGCUGCCCCCGGAGGUGCCCAGGGCUGUGGCAGUGCCCCGUGCCCGGGCCAGCCCCCAGCAGAGGAGAGCUUCCACGACUGCCACGACUCCCUGGAGCCCAAGGGAGCCGUGCUGGACGGUGAAGGGAAUGUGCAGGAGGACGGGAGCAGCUCCAGGAAGCAGACAGAGCUAGAUGAAGAGUACUUGCUAGAGCUAGAGAAGGACAUGCCAGAGGAGGAGAAACAGAAAAGAAGAAAGGAGAGCACGGGGCUGAAGGAGAAAGGAAAUGAGCACUUCAAGAAAGGAGACUAUGGAGAGGCAGAAGACUCCUACAGCAAGGCUCUGCAGAUCUGCCCAGCCUGCUUCCAGAAGGACAGGGCUGUGCUGUUCUCAAACAGAGCUGCUGCAAAAAUGAAACAGGACAAGACAGAGGCUGCCCUGAGUGACUGCACCAAAGCUGUUGAAUUAGACCCUCACUACGUCAGAGCUUUGCUGAGGAGAGCAGAACUCUAUGAAAAAACAGAAAAAUUAGAUGAAGCUCUGGAAGAUUAUAAGGCAGUCCUAGAAAAAGACCCAUCAGUUCAUCAAGCCAGAGAAGCUUGCAUGAGAUUACCACAGCAAAUUGAGGAGAGGAAUGAAAAAUUAAAGAAAGAAAUGUUGGGCAAACUGAAGGAUCUGGGCAAUUUGGUCCUGCGCCCCUUUGGCCUGUCAACAGAGAACUUCCAGGUCAAACAGGAUUCAUCAACCGGCUCCUACUCCAUCAAUUUUGUUCAAAACCCCAACAACAACAGAUAACGUGGAUUCCGUGUGGCUCUGCACCAACAACACCCUCCAGCCCCAGGGCAAGCAGAGACUCAGCAUUUCCAGCUUGUGACAUUAUUUGCAAUGUGGAUGUAAAGCAACUCAUUCAACCUCUCAUAGUGAUAACUGUGUCCAGUGUGUGAUUUAUUCUUUUUUUUUAUAUUUUUUCCCCUUCCUUUGCGGUGUUUGGCCCUUCCAAGAGGCAGUUCCUUGGUUUGGCCCAGUCAGUGCUGGCAGCAGCACUUCAGGGGAAUGCAGAGGCUGGAACAAAGGCUGGUGGUGUCCUGGGGAUGGGGAAAUCCCCCCCUCAGCUGGGUGGGACUGGGCACAGCUCUGCCCUGGAAUCGUGGAUCUGCUAAUAAAGGCUUGGUACUUCUG